CUGGCUGAAGUCGGACGCCUAACCGACUGCGCCACCCAGGCGCCCCUGAUGCCUCUGGAAAGCCUGGAAGCUUCUCUCUGCGCAGCGUGCUCUAAAGGUCUGGUCUUCUGGCUGCCUGUCCACCUUCACUUUUCUCCUAGAACCCCUGUCGUGUGGCCUGGGGGCCCCAGAAGGAACCAGCCCCAGCAGAUGUUAACGGAGGGUGAAGAAACGGAUCCUCCCCACGAGCCCCCAAGAAGAGUUAGGCCUGCUGAUCGCUUGAUUUGGACCAGUGAGAUGGACUUCGGACUUCAGCUCUGCGAGGCUGGGGCUCCACUCCAGAAUAGCGCCUCUGAGAAGGCGGAGCCCCUGCCCUCCAACCCCGGCAUCCGGUCGGAGGGCCCUCUUUCCAGGAGAGGUGGGAUGUCGGCAUUUCUCAACGUGGCCCAGCCACCUGUGGUCGAGGCCAAGUCCCGGGCAAGCGCAGGAGGGAGCGGGGGGCUCCCUUCCUCCUUCUGGCCCCUACUUGUGGGGUGGAGGCUCCACCGUGCCCUGAGAGCUCGGGGGCCCCCACCGCCUUGGCACCUGGGGCAGACGUUCCUGCUGGGGGAGGCAAGCCCAGAAGACCAGAGGCUGCUGCCCGCUGCCCGGGCCCACCAAGCACUCCGCUCCCAAGACAGGGUGUCACUCCGAGGGAAGCACACCAUGCUCCCCAGCGCCCAACAGAAACUAGGCUCAUGGUUGCCUAGGGCAGGGCUGGGGGGCGGGGGCGGCGUGAGGGGUACCAGGGCUGACGGCUAAAGGGUGCCGCAGGCUUCUUUCUGGCGGUGCAUGGCAUUUGGGAAAGAGGCAUUUUGCACUUACCUUGCGGGAGACCACAUUUGCUUCCCACCAAAAUGGACAUAACACACAGAAGACGCCUUAAAAGCCGGGACACAACCUUGCCAUCUCCUGGGACCCUUCGGGAAGGGGAGCAAAGCUCUCCCCUUCCCACCCACCCCCGGGAGCGGCCCCGCUUGGGACCGACACCCCAAGAGCUUUUCCCAAGACAUUUUGAUCCCGGGUUCAACCAGCCGAAACAAAACGUUGGGAGUGAAAUAAAUGCCUUCCACUUAGAUGCUCAGUUCGUUAUCUGGCCCCUGAGUAAAGCUUCAUUGUUUUCAGCUGACUCUGGGGUCCCUGCAGCUGGGCUCUGUCCAGCACACUGUUUAUAUUUUGCACCCGCUUUAAAGCCGCAGCGUAUCUUUUCUAAGGCUCUGUUUUAAACUGGAUGCAUGAAAAAGAGAGCAAUGGAUUUUUUUAUUUGCUGAGAUGAAAACCUGCCUGUCAGUCGUU